AUGUCACAACAAGCUUCACGAGCUGAUUUUGUCCCAAGGCGUUAUGGCUUAUAUCCAAUAUAAUGAAUAGAAAAAAUUUAUUUACUAUUUUUCUAUUAUAAAUACAAUGAUAAUCUACUAUUCGAAAUUUCAAUUAACUAUUCAUUGUAUACAAUACUCCCCUCCAGCAAUAGUCCUUGAAUAUUUUGUACCCUCGAAAAAUAAGCUUUAUCACCACAAAAUGGACUUAAGAGAACUUGAUCCUGCUCAUGACCCUGAAGAUUGAUUGAAUUUUCUCAAGCAAAAUCAUGGGAUAUAUAUUGAUUCACGUAUUGUAGACGAGCCACAACUUAUUAAUCUAAUUGAACAUCUUCAGAGUCAAAUUUCAUCAGGCGGAAUUGAUUUCAAUAACCUAUCUCCUGAGGAACUUGAGGAAUAUCGACGACAAAUGAACGAAAUGUAUGGAUCCGAAGAAGAAGAAAAUUGGCUCUAUGCUAUUUGAUCGGCUUUUUGAUAAAUAGAAAUUUCCUCGGGAAUUUUGUUCGAAAAUUUUUCUUCGUGAGACAUUUGCUCGGAAAAACCAUCAAAUUUUGAUCAAAUGUUUAUGAGGAAAAAAUUUCGACCAAAUAUCACAGAAGAAAUGUCUCACUAUCAAAAAGCCCAGAGAAAAAGCAUGCACCUCGAAAAUCAUAGAUUUUAUGGAAAUGAAGAAGAAUUUGAAAGCGAUGAAGAGAAUAGCGGAGAUUUAAGCUUAUAA